CUGCCAUAUAUUUACCUUACCCCCUCCCAACACCUAUGAUACAACCCCUAUCGAGAUCAUAGCCCUCUCAUUACCCUCCCCUACUUAUUAUCUCUCGUAUGAUAUUGUAAAACAAUCACAAUGCCCGACCCAGACACCCUUCUCGAACUCGAGGAUGCCCGACGGAAGGUCGCGACCUCCAAUGCUCUCCUUGCCUACCGCGAUGCGUGCGCUGAAACCCUCGUCAUUGAGGCAGACGAAGAACAACGAAAAACCCGCGCGCAAUUGAUAAUCCUAGAAUCUCGGUAUGAAAAGCUGUAUCAAGAAUAUUCCGAGGACAAGGACUAUUUUGAACGAGUGGAACCAGCACUGAGGGAAGCGUAUGCAUCUUUGCAAUGGCACGAGGAUGCGGUUGCUAGGUAUAAGGCCAAGAAUAAAGAGUUGCAGGAGAAGUACCGCCGGAAUCUUGUCGGCGAAAAAAACCAGCAAGAAGCUGAGGUUGCAGCUCUGCGAGCAUCGCUGGAGGGAGCGCUUGGUGCGAAGAAAACGCUACAGGCGCGCAUCCUGCAGUUGGAAGAUGAGCUCUUGAAGGCUGCUUCAAAGAAGUCUACUGUGGAUGCCGAGCUAUCGAGGUGCAAGGAGGAUCUUGAAGCCUACAAGAAGAGCACCGAUGCUUUGAAAGUGCAGUCAACAGAAUGGGAAAAUAAGUACCGGGAAAGCGCCGCGGAACGCCAAUCCCUUCAACAGGAAAUUUCCACCCUCCGGCUAGACUUGCAGAAGCAACAAACAACCGCUGCGGUAAAUCAAUCGCUCCAGCAAGAGGUUAUCAGCCUACGCUCAGAACUGGAGAAAACACAGGCAUCUCUUAAGAAAGCAAGUGAAUCUGCCGCCGUUGAGCGAGAAAAAGACAGCAAGCAUAAAUCCCAGGAAGUCACAGACCUCAAAGCCGCUCUCCGCAAGGAAACAAAAGCCCGCGAAAAGGCCGAGAAAGAUCUUGCCAAGUCAAAAGAGGACUGGGAAGCCAAGCAUGAAGUCCUCGAGUCAAAGCUCGAAAGCACUCGAAACAAGCUCGUUGCUUUAAAAGCUUGCUCCGCCUCUGUACCAGCCCUUCCUCCUCCUACCGCUACCACGACAAAGACGAGUACAUCUUCAGCGACAGCAUCAAUAGCCGCCAAACUCCCCACCCAGAACCCCAAAAAGCGUGCUUCAACCUUAACUAUGGAGGAUCUUGAACUCUCUGCCAAACGACCACGCAAGACUCCUCCAAAGACAUCAGAGUUUAGCAUAACCCCAUUCUUGAAGCGCCAGACUGCCGCGGCGGAUACCUCUGUUGCAAACGCCACCACCAUCUCAACCAUGGCUACCGCAACUACAGCAGCCGCAACCAACGAGGCAGACGCUCCAGAAGCCCCAGAAGUUGGCGAAUCGACCAUGAUUCCAGCCCUGAUCGAAUCCAAAGAACCAACCAAAAUCCUCCUUGCCGGCGCAAACCGAAAACGUAAAGCUAAAAACCCUACCACCGAACCCGACAUUCCCGAAGCAACAGCAGCAGAAGAAGCGGGAAAACCGAAACCGAAACCACGAAAGCGGAAACCCGCCGCCGCAAAGACCCUAUUUACCGAGGACGACGGUAGUGGAAGACUUACCCUUGCGCCUUUGGCCGAGAGUCAGGAGUUGUCUGCCCCACAGACGACGGUAGCGGCGGCAGGGGGGGGGAAGAAGGGGAAGAAGCCUGGAGGAGGUUUGGCCGGCGUACUGGGGGACGCGGAUUUGUUAGUGCCUAGCGUAUCAGCGUUCAAUAAUGAGUUCUCACCUGUGAAGAAAAGGCCCGAGGGGUUGAAGAAGUUGUUUAGUGGGAGGAAGUAG